GAGAGUAUCUGAUAGGUCAUCAUACUUUAUAUGAAGAUAAGUGCCAAUAAGGACUGGAAAUUUCUGCAGGUUAAUCGGCACUCUGCUGCUUGGAUGCUUUCCUGCAAAGGAAGCAUCAAUACUUGCAGAAUCUGCACUCUAAUAAACAGAAGAAUAUAGCCACAAACCUCCAUUAAAAAACUGAAAACUACAGGUCUAUCCCACUGAAAAAAGUUGGGAAUUUUAAAAUAAUAGCAACAGCCAUGUUACUCCAUGUUAGAUCUGACUAGAGCUAUAGAAGAAGCAGAUUCCAAUACAGGAAGCUUUUCUUUGAAGUUCUUUAAUCCUUGACUUUGCUUGGAUUAGAAUAGAAGUAAUCUAUCUGGUAAAAAAUUCCAGCUUUCUUAUUCUAUUCAUUCUUUCCAAAACAAAAUCAUCUUACCAAACACUGAAUAAGGCUUCCCACCUAAGUGACAGACAUUCCACUCGUCCUGCAACCAACACAUUAUCCAAAAACAUCCAUGUUUCUCAUACAUCCCUAAGUGAAAAAAACAUAACAAAAGUGAAAUCCUCAUGUGGGAAACCAUGGGAGCGAAAUCGGAUUUAGCGCAAAAGCUAUUGCAAGACCUGCGGCUAAAGAAGGAGAGAAUGGCAACUUCUCAGAAUUCAUCACAAUCACAAUCAAGAGGGAGAUAUGCAAAUGCUGGACAAUCCCACAGAGGUUCUCAUCAGAUAAAAUCUCUAGAACCUACAUCAAGCCGGGGCAACCGAUCAGUCAAUAUUCAACAAUCUUCAGCACAGAUUGUUCCUUAUCAUGGAGCUCAAAGGGUUCAAAGCUCAGGAAAGAAAGAUCUUUCCAUGGCAAUCGCAGUUUCCAUUGAAAAGCGAGACAGUUUUACCAAACUGAACUCUUCAUGCAAUCAUAAUGCAGUGUAUGGAGUUGUCCAUCAAUUUGGGCAGAGAUCAUUUGACUUUAUGGGGAAAAUGGAAAGUAGCCAGUAUGUUACCCUCUCAAAUGUUCAAGUUAGUGAAAUAUCAAAGGGGAUACAAAAGAUAAACAAGAUCCUCAAAACCACCUAUUCAAAUGGUGGCAAUGUUAACUUUGACACAUACUCUUUUGAAGUAGUUGGGAAGGAACUCUUGAAAGGAGCCAUGGAUUUGGAGUCAUCCCUGAGAAUGCUUGUUGACCUGCAGGAAGCAUCCUCCAACCACAUAAUCACCUCUCAAAGGAAAAACCGGCAGAUAACAUUACUUGAUGAAGAAGACGAAACUAAUAAUGUGAAAACAGCUGAUCAGAAGCAUCAAGACCUUCCGAAGUUUUCAUUCGAUAAUAAGCCCUCCAGAAAAUCAUAUAACAAGAAAGAGACCACAGGUAGUGCACAGAAACUUCUGGCCUUGACAUAUUUUAAGGAUGCUUCUACAAACCGAGAACGCGAAACUUCAUCAACACAUGGAACAGAAAAGGGGAGAAUAUCAAAUGUCAUUGCGAAACUCAUGGGACUGGAUGAGUUUCCCCGAAAUAAAGUUCUGAAGGCCUCAAGACACUCAGCCCCGAAGAAGAAUGAUAAGCCACCUCAUCAUAACAGUGAUCACAAAGCUGCUGAGAACUCGUCGCCAGAAUUGACUAAGCACAGGAGGAAUAAUAAUAUACAUCACAGAGAUAACAAAAUAGCAGAAAACGAGGCUAUCACAGUGAAGCGAAAACUGGAGAUUCACAAACCAACGCCAAGUCAUAUGGAGGGCAGACUUCCCAAAACUGUAAGGAAUAAUAAUAGUACUAAAUCAAAAAGUGAUCCAAAGAGGGAGGAGCCUUUACUGAACCAGGCCAAACAUGCUAAACAUAGAGCAGAAGAGAAGCCUAUCAAGGAGAUAGCCAUUAAGAGGAAAGAAAGUCGGAUUCAAACCCACAUCAAAGACACACUCAAAAACACAUUGAAACAACAGUCACCAAUACUGAAGGUGAAGAAACAGGUGAAAUGCAAUGUGGAUAGCACCUGUGGUGUAAAAGGCAAAUUGAGUGAAGAACAUUCAAUUGAAUUGAAAGAAGAAAACACCUCUGAGUUUGACAAAGAAGAAGCUGUACAAGAAAUAGUGCAUUGUGAAUCAAAAGUUUUGGCAUUACAUGUUCAUACUGAAGAUAAAGAUGCAAUGGAAUUACACAGGAGUAGUCACCAGGAUGCAGGGCAAAAUCCAGACAUCAGUUAUAAAAAAAAAUUGCAAAAUCACCAAGAAGGAGAUCAAGGACUUUUCCAAGAUCAAGUUAUUAAAACUGUGCCUACCAUAAUUUCAGAAAACCAACCAACUAAAUCAGAAACCUGCAAGUCAAACCCCAAACAACAGAAAGAGCCAUUGACUGAGCCAGAAAAGAAUCUCAAGGAAUCACUUAUCAAAAGCCACUUAUUCCUCAGCACUGCAGAAGCGCUGCUCAAUCUGAACCUACCAGUCAGUGUGUUUUAUGCAAAUGAUCAUAUCACUGAAGGGGCAGAGCGUAUGCUUACAGUAGACUGUGCCUAUGAGGUGAUGAAAAGAAAAGCAAGGAGACAAGAACUCUCCGCCCUUCCCCACGCCAGAAUACCCAUCACCAGUUUCGUAAAGGUUAGAUCUUUAGAUGAUCUGAUCAAGCAACUGUGCGAGGACUUUGAGAAGUUGACCAGCUUUGACCGGAGUGGAAGUGAUGAAGAUUGCGAGUCAACACAGUACUUUGAUAAUAUGCUUGCGAAAGACAUGGAAAACACAGAGCCUGACAUAAAUUGUAUGUGGGACCUUGGAUGGGACGGUGGGGCCAUGUUUGCCUUCCUAGAAAAGGGCGAGGUGGCAAAGGAUGUUGAGAAGCAUUUGAUGAAGGGACUCAUUGAAGAGGUCACUGCCGAUUUAUUUUAAAACAGUGACGCGGGAAAAAAUGGUCCCUGGGUUCAACAUUUUUGCAACCUAACAGCUCUGCAGUGAGCAAAUAGCAAUGUAAAGGAUGAAAGUCCGGUUUGGAUGUUAUGACUGAGUCAACUGUUUUAAUUUGAUUCAAUUGAUUUAUUCCAUUGAUAUAAUAUUUGAUUUACUUUGGGCAAACGAAGUAUGGCUCCAUUUGUACUCUAAAAAUUUAGCUUAUUUACAAAGGUGGAUGACACAUUUUCCGAUUUUUUAGUGUGCACAUUUCUCCCAUCAUAUCACAUUGUACUAUCUUCUUUCUUAAACAAAUACUCCAUACUACCAU